AUGGAGGUCCCAUCGUCACCCAAGCCGUUGCCGCUGCCGCGGGCAAAGCUCAAAUCGCUUCUCGCACUCAGCAGCCUCGCGCCGCUGCCAUUGAUUCAAGCCCACCACGAGUGCAUCGAUGACAGCGACGCGCAUGUGGCCAAGGCGGAGUUCAACUCGGUGCUGCCUCACGUCGUGCACAAGGACAUCUUUGCAGGCUCGACCGAAGGGUUGCCGAUCGGGAGCGAAGACGCGUCCCGGCACCUCGCGCACCUCCUCGCGGAGUUUGAGCGCCGGUUUUGGAAAAGCCAACAAGAAGGCGACGUCUUCGCUCGUGAGCCGAUCGUCGACCCGACGGCGUUGGCGUUCGACUCGAACUUUGAGAGCGCCAACCUCGCGAGUGCGUACCGCGUCCACGGCCGCAACUACUCGUUCCUAUCGCAGUGCACGAGCAAGCACGGCAACGCGGCCGGUCCGAGUCUUGUCGAUCAAGAAUACGACCUUUACUGCACCAACGACACGUAUACACUCGGACACAUUCAGUGGUACUACUUCAAGGUCACGCGGCCACCCGGCAGUAGCGGCCGACUCCGUGUGCGCUUCAACCUGCGCAACAUGAUGAAGCACGACAGCUUGUACAACUGCGGCAUGCUACCAGCCGUCUACUCGGAGGCCAAGGCCAACGCUGGCAUGGCAGGCUGGACCCACGGCGGCGAAGAAGCCUACUACUACCAGAACGCCGACAUUUACACGCGCGUGCGUCGGGGACUCCGCCGAAACCUGUCGCACUAUACGCUCAGCUUUAUCUACACGUUUGAGCCGUCGGACGACGUCGUGUACUUUGCCCACUGCUUUCCCUACACGUACACGUACCUCCAGACGUACUUGACGUCGCUCGAGAAAUGCCCCUUGCGCAGCCGCAACCUCCGGCGGCGGACGCUCUGCUCGACGCUGUGUGGCAACCCGUGCGAUAUGCUCACGAUCACCGAAUUUACGUCCGAGCCCCAAGUACUACGGCAGCGCACGGGCGUCGUUCUCACUGCGCGCGUGCACCCGGGUGAAACCAACGGCAGCUUCUUGCUGCACGGCAUCAUCGAGUUCCUCACAGGCUUCUCGGACGAAGCGAUCGCGCUGCGGAAAUGCUACGUUUUCAAAAUCAUCCCAAUGCUCAAUCCCGACGGCGUCAUCCACGGCAACUACCGCUGCUCGCUCGCGGGUAUCGACCUCAACCGGCGCUGGUCGCAGCCGUCCGAGCUCUACCACCCGACGAUCUACGCGGCCAAAAAGAUGAUUGCGCUCAUGCGUCAAUCCCGCAAAGUGCUUCUCUUUUGCGACUUUCACGGCCACAGCCGCAAGAAAAACAUGUUUACGUACGGCUGCAAGCCGUACCUCUCGUGGUCGCGCCUCGAAGACGCCAAGGUGCGGCUCUUCCCUUACGUGCUCUGCAAAACGUCGAGCGCCCAGGCCGGAGGCUACUUUAGCUUUACGGAUUGCACGUUCAACGUCACUCGCUCCAAGCGCUCGACGGGCCGCGUCACGGUCUGGAGUGACAUUCAGAUCCUCAAUAGCAUCACGCUGGAAGCGUCCUUCUGCGGGACCGGCGACAACAAGGCGCGGCGUAGCAUCGCGGCGUUUGCGACGACGAAACCCAACCACACGCCGCGGCACUUUACGCAGCGCGACUUUACGCGCUCGGGCGAACAGUUCUGCCACGCUCUCACAACGUACGGCGACCUUCUGGGGAUUGAACCCAUUGACGCAACCAAGUUGCUCGGCGCGUCGGCUGUCAAGCGCAACGGCGACGCGCUAUCGGAGCUCCUCGACCUCGACGAGACACCGAUCGAGCCGAUUGCGCGCGACCCAACGUUGCUCACGAGUACGACGGCCUUUGGCGCCAACGAUUUCGCCUACUCCGAGGCCGCGCUGAGUCUCCUCGACGAGCUUGCGUCCUGCGUGCCCAGCCCACCCGAAAGUGCAGUCGAGUCGGAAAACUCGAGUGGCUCCGACUCGAACCCGUCCGAAGACAACUACGAGCCCGAGGAGCUCGAAAGCAACGCCGUGUGGCAAGCCUUUCGGCGCAGUGUCGUACUGCGGCGGUCGUCAGCUCUCAAGAGCGCCUCCGCUGGGUCCAACUCGGGCCGCACGGCGUCGCUCAUGCUCUCGUCGUCGCUGGCCAAAAAAACGAUUAAAUUGUACACCGUCCAAAGCGCGUGCAGCGGCAUUGACGUGGUCAUGUAG